UUGCGCAGGGAUGCUGCCAAGAUAGAAAGACCAUGUAAAGAAGGAAUGACAGUGCUUGAGCAGAAGGAGCAUAUUCUCUGAAGUUUCCUCUGCCCACCACACCAGGCGUAAGGCCACCAGGCAGAUCCCCACCUGCAAACUAGGCCAGCCUUCCCAAGAGAGAGCAGAGCACAGUAUCUAAUUCCCACAGGCCUCCUCAUCGCCUUCAUCAUGAACUGGCACAUGAUAAUCUCUGUGCUUAUCAUAGUGAUGCUUAAAAUUGUUGGAAUGACCUUAUUUCUGCUUUACUGCCCACAGAUUUUUGGAGAAAGUCAAGUCAACUUCCUUCCCACAGAGAGCUAUGGAACAGUCUGCUCCAGAGGGUGGUAUUUUCAUCAAAGAAGAUGCUUUCUGUUGUCCCCUUUUGAACUGUCCUGGAACAAAAGCAGGGACUUUUGCAAAACAGAAGGAUCCACUUUGGCCAUUGUGGACACACCACAGAAACUGAAAUUUCUCCAGGACAAAACUGGUGCUGAGAAGUAUUUUAUUGGCUUAUACCAGCAAGCAAAGAACAGUUGGCGUUGGAUUGACAACUCCAUAUUCAAUGGCAAUGUUACCAAUCAACAUCAGAAUUUCAACUGUGUGACUAUAGGCCUAACAAAGACAUACGAUGCUGCACCAUGUGUCAUCAACUUCCGCUGGAUCUGUGAGAAGGCAGCCAAAUGAUUGCAGUUCUCUGUGGCCUCUGACAAGAAUGACAAAUAUGCUUUUGGAGAAAGCAAAAAAAUAUAUAAUUGGGAUUGGUCCAGGAAAUAUAGAAUAUCAAAUUAGUGUAUCAGUCUUCCACAGGUCACUGACAGAGCUCCCUAACAAAUUGCUCCACAGCCCCUCCACAAAUAUACUCGCAUCACACAACAGAGGCAAACUCCCCAUUCUGGGCCAGCAGCUCCCCCAAGACUCCACUUCCUGUGAGUGUCACACCCAUGACUCUUUUUAGAUCUGCACCAGGCAUCUAGUCAAUGAUCCCUUUCUCCAUCUAUCUACGAUGAGAGGUCCUUGCCUAUGUAGGGAAAUGAUAUUCUGCUUUAGGGGACUGGGUGCUAGCCAUCUCCAGGAGACAGGGUCAUUUUAUGGAGACAACUCAGUUGAUAUAGUGACAAAGUCUGUUUCCACAGAACUGAGCAUUUUUGACUGAUCAACAGGGUUUAGGCUGUUGCCAGGCUCUGUUUUAUCCUCAAAGCACAUGCCCUUACUACUGAGGAGAAACUGCAGACUGAGCAGGUAAAAACAAUAUUUAGAGAGUAGCAGGGGUAGAAGAGAGAUAAACUCAGCUUCCUGACUGCACCUCUCUAUUCCCAAGGGACCCUUGUUCACAUGCUCCCCCACCCCUACCUCAGGUGGGGUAGCAGAGGCCCUCCUCAGUCUGAAUUGAAGACAGGCCUAGGGAAGCGUUCCUGGAGCCAAGCUUGGAGCAGAGAAAGCAUUGUUCACAGGAAUGGACAGAGGUCUGGCCAGGUCAGGAAUCUGCCAGGGAAUCCCUUUGAAAACCAGACAGCCAAGAUGACCAAGCAAACUGAUCAAUGUUUUUCAACAAAGCCCUGAAAAGACACUCAGGCUUAAAUUUUCCUGGUUUUGACCCGAAUCUCCAUUUUAGUAGAUUUUAUUACCUGACCAUGCUUUUUGAGUGUAUUUUAAGAAUUUGUAAUAGUCUCCUGGGCUCCAGUGGUCACAAGAUAUUCCUGCCUGCAGUUUAGAGAGACCCUGCUACCAGGUACAGCCUUGUGACCAAAAGAUGUCACAGCCUUAUACUGAUUGGCAUCACACCAACCUAGAACUGGUCCAGUUGACCAAGGAGUAAAAAAGAGGAGGACUACUCAAGGAAACAUAGGAUAUAGGCAAGAAGUAGGCAUAUAGUAGGGAGGGAACACCAGAGACAAAUGGAAAUCAUAUGCAGAAGGAAACAGAGUUCAUUUGGCCAUACUGGAAGAAAGGCAAGAGAAAGGCAGAAAAGUCUUGGGGCAUCCUGGGUAUUCUCUGCACUUGCAACAAAAUAUCAACCGCAUACCCUCCUCAGUAAAUGGAAAGGAAAAAAGAGACACCUCUGUGUUUGUAGUAACAAGAAUUAAGCCAUAAUGAAAUACUGUAUUAAACUAAUGGAAAUUAUAGUCCCCUAAGUAAACUUCUCACCAUUUGUGUCUAAAAACAGCAUACCACAAUGGCUGUGUAUAUCAUCAGUUGUAUGCCAAAGAAAAUUAUUGUUUUAUUGUCUAUUACAGUAUUAAGCUCUUUUCCUAUAUUCCUAGGCCUCAUAAUUUUUAUACAAUUAGCAUGGCCACUUAUAAUUUUAAAAAAUGAGAUAAUACAUUAAGUGUUAGAAGUUGCUUGAAGGAAGCUACCAGAAAUCAUUUGUGUUUGGGGUGCAUUGGAUGUGGUAUUAGCAAGGAAUAAAUGCUGCAGUUGAGGUGGGUGUGGGGGGUGGAGAGGCUGAGUCUAUGGUAGAUAAAGAAAGAAACAGAAUUCUACACCAAAGGUAAGUCCCAGAAUCCAGACAACAGAAAGAAAACCACAACCCUUCUGUUUUGAGAAGGGAGAAUUAUGGUUGCCACACUUCCUGUUUUAUGACAAUAAAUUUCAGACCUCCAUAGUCAGGAAAUGUAGACAUCUAGUAAUUUCCCUAGUAGACAGCCCAAAUUUCCCCCAAGAUGAGGACAUACUUCUGUGAAAUUUCUAAAAGAGGCCCAGUGGGCUGGGGUGGGAGUAGGAAGCAUAUAGGGAAUAU